AUGCACCGCCUCCACCACAACCACUCUCCCGGGCCCAGGCCUACCCGCCCUCGCCGCCAUCAGCGACGUCUUCACCGCCCUCUACGGCCCCGAGUCCAUCACCCUGCGCGCCGAGCAGGCCCGCGUGGCGACCUGCAACGGCCUGCUCUUCGGUCUCUGGAACGGGCACCCGUACACCGUCACCGAGCCGGAGGGUCUGCGGGCGGAGGUUGCGACGCGGGAUCCAGGGGUCGGCGGGGAGUGUCUUGGCCAUGCGGACCAGGAGACCGGGGUGGAUGA